UGUUGUCUUGGAGGUGAAAGAAGGAGGAGUGACACUCGUUGCUGCUGCUCUUUCCUUCUGUACCACCUGUUAUAGUCUUGGUUGAUUGUGCAGCUGCGUGAGGGAGUAACGUUGCUGGUGACGGUACUAGUGAAGGCAGCCGGGAUGUGGGUAUGGGCGUGGGUGCUUGGUGUGGGCGUGCUGGUGGGCGCCGCUGCUGGACAAGGAACGUACAGUGUGAUCAGUUCGCGUGUGGUGCGACCUAACAGGGACUACCAUGUGGUGGUGUCGACACAUGGCACCACAGAGGCUGUCAAGAUCAACGUGGAGGUGGGUGGCAAGCAGGACGCUGGUGGUGUCAUCCUCAAUCGUCAGCUGGCUGACCUCGCCCCUGAUUCAACUCAAGUACUUAAGUUCCAGAUUGGAGAGCUGGGUCCUGGGGACUACAACCUGACAGUGAGUGGUUCUGGUGGCUUGACCUUCUACAACACCACAUCACUGGAGUAUGUGCACAAAUCUUACUCUGUGUUCAUCCAGACGGAUAAGUCAGUGUACAAACCUGGUGACACAUUGAGGUUCAGGGUAGUGGUGGUCAACCCCAUGCUCAGACCCUCCGUCACGGGUGCCAUUGAUGUCUUCAUUAUGGAUGGGGCAGGAAACCGGGUGAAGGAGUGGCGACGGGUGUUCACUAACAAGGGUGUGUGGUCUGGGGAGCUGGAGCUGGCGGAGGAGCCUGUGUUGGGCCGCUGGAACAUCACAGUUGAUGUACUUGGUCAGACUACCUCCCGUGCCGUCACAGUUGCUUAUUAUGUUCUUCCCAAGUUUGAAGUGAUUGUCUCCUUGCCCCAGUAUGCCACUUUUGGCCAGAAGGAAAUGAUCGCUACCGUGGAGGCCAAGUACACAUAUGGGCGACCAGUGAAGGGGGAAGUGACCCUUCAGGUGACCCCUACCUAUAAGUAUGGUUACCUACAAGCACCUUAUGAUGACCCCAUCAGAGUGGUUAAGCAGAUGAAGGGAAAAGCUGAUAUUGUCAUUGACCUUCAAAGUGACGCAAGAUUGCGAGGUGAUUAUGCUCGAGAACUGGAGGUGACUGCAUACGUGCAGGAGGAACUUACUGGCCGGGUACAGAAUGCCACCUCCCGCAUCACUGUCUACCGCUACCCCUACACACUCAAACUAGUCCGAACCUCUGACAGCUUCAAGCCAGGUCUCAAGUACACUGCUUUUCUAAAAGUAUCAUACCAGGAUGAUACACCUGUAACAUCUGGAGAGGUGAGUGUGCGACACACCUUCACCAGGAACCAGGAGGACUUUGUCGAAAAUGUGCACACCAUCCCACCUUCAGGUAUCAUCACCUUGGAGUUCUUGCCGCCCUUGGAUGACGAUGUGCUGAGUCUGGCUCUGGAGGCUCGUUACCUGGACCUCACCCAGUGGCUUGGGGAUAUUAUAAGAGCACAGAGUCCCACCAAUGCCUUCCUUCAGGCCACGCUCAUCACACAGAACCCUAAGGUGGGCCAAGAAGUGGAGGUAUCUCUCGACACCAUGGAAUCGGUAGGAGAGCUGGUGGAGGUGGAUCUUAAUGCCACACAAAAUAUGAUCCACUUCGUGUAUGAAGUCAUCGGGCGAGGAGAUGUCCUCUUUGCUGACACCCUCCAGGCUCACCAGGGCACCACUCAUAUCUUCAGGUUUAUGGCAACAGCACCCAUGGCACCCAGGGCUCGCCUUGUGGUCUACUAUGUCAAGGACGACGGUGAGAUUGUUGCAGACUCCCUGCACUUUGCCGUCUCUGGUGCCAUCCAAAAUGAAGUGUCAGUGAACCUGACCCCAGCAUCAGUGGAGCCAGGUGGGGACGUCUCUAUCACUGUCACUACCCGACCCAAUGCCUUCGUUGGCCUCCUUGCUGUUGACCAGCGUGCACUCCUGCUUGGUACUCACAACCACUUCUCACAGGAAGAGGUGGUGGAGGAGCUGGAGAAGUAUGACCCUGGCAGGAGGAACCUGGAAGGACCCUGGUUCCACCUUAGCCGCCGCAAGAGGGCGCUCUUCAACUGGCAUGGCACCACCACUGCUGAUGAUGUCUUCAAGAAUGCUGGUGUGGUGGUUCUGACUAAUGGGCUUGUGUAUGACUUCAACCCAUUCUUGGCCAACAUGCUGCCCUCUGGUGAGGGCCCUGUGGACGGAUCAUCUUGGGACCCCCACCACCGGCCGGCCGCCUUCAACGGUUCCUUUGGGCGACAGUUUGCACCAGUUGAUGCAUCAACGCUGCGACCAGACCUGGGUCCCGGACUGGCAUACAACGCACCCACCAGACCACCACUGGCAGGACCCUAUGCCUUCUCUUACCUCCCUCCGCCCCCUGACAGCCGCCCACGUCUCUACCUCAACCAAGCCGUCCCACCCACAUGGCUCUUCCGUGAUGCACAAACCAAGUUCAACGGUGUGGUGACCCUCCGGGAGAAGGCACCAGAUGCCAUCACUUCCUACAUUGUCUCAGCCUUUGCUGUCGAUGACUUCUAUGGUCUGGGUGUCACCAAGCAACCCUCCAAGCUUCAGGUGUUUAGGCCAUUCUUCACAUCGGUCCACUUGCCUGAGGCUGGGGUGGUGCGAGGAGAAGCGGUGGCAGUAGAGAUGGUCGUUUUCAACUAUGGGGAUGAGGACCUCACUGCAGAUGUCACCCUUGACAAUGCCAGUGGUGACUUCCUCUUUGCUGACUUUGCCAAUGAAAUUGACCAAGGCUCACCUUCAGGUCGCAAGCAGAGGCAGGUGAGAGUGGUGGCUGGCAGCGGUGUUCCUGUGAGCUUCAUGGUGGUGCCUCAGACACUUGGUACCAUCGACAUCACUGUCACAGCCACGGCAGGGCCCAACGUUGACGUUGUCACAAAGAAGUUACUUGUCAAGCCUGAGGGGACGAGGAUGACUGUGAACAAGGCUGUGCUGCUGGACCUGCGUGCUCAGCCCACCUUCACCACCACCCUCAACAUUACUACACCUCCCAACAUCAUCAAUGGCUCCCGCUCUGUCGCAGUCUCUGUCAUUGGGGAUGUGUUAGGCCCAGCAGUAAGUGACCUACAUAACCUGCUGGAGUUGCCCACCGGUUGUGGGGAGCAGAACAUGGCUAAGCUCGUCCCUAACAUUGUUCUCAUGGAGUACCUCAAGAACAAGAAUCAGUUGAGUGAGGCGCUACAAGGUCGGGCCAGACGCCACCUGGAGACAGGCUACCAGCAGCAGCUCAACUACAGACGUGAUGAUGGCUCUUUCAGCGCCUUUGGUAGUAGGGAUGCCUCUGGAAGCACCUGGUUGACAGCCUUUGUGAUCAAGUCUCUGGUGGAGGCAGGACGGCACAUUGAUGUAGAGGAGAAAGUGGUGAAAGCAGCCAUGGAGUGGAUAAUAAAGCUGCAAGCAGCAGAUGGCUCCUUUCCUGAGGUGGGCACCAUUAACAAUGAGGCCAUGCAGGGUGGAGCUACCAAAGGCAUCCCUCUUACUGCAUAUGUCAUCAUCUCCCUCCUCACAGCCCAGCGACCUCCCACGGCCAAGGUGCGUAAUGUGAUCAACCGAGCUGUGGAUUUCUUGGCUACUAGUCUAGAUGAUAUUGAAGACUUCUACAGCCUGGCUAUCACUAACUAUGCAUUGCACUUGGCAGACAGCCCACUCAGGGAUGCUGCUUUCUACAAGCUGGAAGGGAAAGCCAAGGUUCAAGACAAGGAGAAGUGGUGGGAAGCUGGAGGCCUAAAACUGACCCGAGAAACCACAGUGGAGUCACGACCUCUGGAUGUGGAAGCCACCAGUUAUGCCCUUCUCACCUACAUCCUUCGGGGCCUUACUCGUGAUGCUCUUCCCAUCAUGAGUUGGCUUGUUAGACAACGCAAUCAGUAUGGUGGUUUUCAGUCUACACAGGACACAGUGGUAGGGAUGGCAGCUUUGGCAGCAUUGGCAGGCAAACUGUCCACAACAGAGCCACAGGUCAAUAUUCGUCUCAUCUACGGUGCUCGAGGCAAGAACCUGCAGGUCACCAGAUCCAACACUAUGUUGCUGCAGCGCGUGGAGCUACCUGAUGACACUGACAAGGUGGAGGUGUCAGCAUCUGGAACAGGUGUGGCAGUGCUUCAGGUGACUUACCAUUACAAUGUAAGAGUCACAGGACCCAAACCUGCCUUUUCUCUCGACCCCCAACUGGAUGUUACUACUGAUGCCAACCGCCUCAGAUUAACCACUUGUACUGGAUAUAUUAAAGGCAACAUGAGCAAUAUGGCAGUGAUGGAUGUGUCACUGCCCUCAGGAUAUGUUGUGGAUAAUGACUUGAUUCCUGGCCUGUAUGACUAUACUGGGGUAAAGCUGGUAGAGAAGAAAACAGAUGACUCUGGUGUGGUGGUGUAUUUUGACUACCUGACACCAGUGGAAGUGUGUCCUACUGUAUCUGCCUACAGGAUCAACAAGGUGGCUUUCCAGAAGGCCUCACCUGUCCGGGUUUAUGAUUAUUAUGACACGUCUCGUCAGGCCCGCCAGUUCUACAAGGCUCUGCCAGCCACACUGUGUGACAUCUGUGAUCUGGACGAGUGUGAUCCCGGUCAGUGUGAGCAGCAGAUCAUUGAACUUAAUCGUCAACAACAGGACCCUGAUGACAUAGAGCGACCAGCCACAGUGACGGAAGUGUCUGGUGGAAUGACGUAUGGGCCCACCAUCCUAUUGUCUCUCCUUACCCUGCUGGCUACAGUCUUCCUUCACUCUCCUUACUAGCAACUCUCCUCCUUCGCAGGACACUCUCAGACACUGUGAUAGAUGAAAUGCAAUGCAAAUCUCGGGGUUGUGUGCACUACACAUGCUGUCGUAGCAAUCCUAGAGUACCCAGCAUGAAGGAAAAUAUUAAUCCAAGGCUGUGUCAGGGUUGACCAUGACAAUAAGGCUUAAGUUAAGAGUCCAAAGAGUUGGCCACAAUUGUGAUGGCUUGAUAUUCUC